AUGAGCAAGACGGGUUCAGUCUCUGGCGAAUAUGACUUCCGUCGGAAGCGGAAAGAGAGGCUUGCCCGAUCUUUCCAAGACAAGGCUGGAGACGAGAGAUGGGGAGGAAGUGGAACUUUAGGUUUACCACAGGACUUUCAGUACAGCCCGAACAGCCAGCACAAAGCGGAACCACCCUAUCGUUCAUCCUCCUACAUAUCCCCUUCUACAUUUCCAAAGUCUCAAACUCAAACGUCUAAUAGUCAGCAGACAUCAACGCUGAGUCAAUAUCCACAGUUUCAUCCCGCUUCACCCCCAAGCUUCAAACUACCCAUCGAUCCACCAGCCUCCGCUUCGACCCCAAGACGAAAGAAUUCUUCUUCGUGUAUCCCCGAUACUUCCAGUCUGUCCAGGAGGAGCUCUUGCAUGCCCUCGGUGGGAUCAGUGCUUGGAUACGAAGAAAGCGUCAAGAAGUAUCCAUACGUCGUGCUCAACCACAAGCCAGACAAGGUGGAAUGCGUGGAAGGAUCCUACCGUGACUGUCCACCCUCCAUAGCACCCAGCUUGAGCUCGCUAAGUUUGGGUUUAAAUGACGCAUCACAAUUUUGUGCUACCGGUACAAUACCAGCCAGCCCACAGCAACAACAGCCGGAUCCUCCGCAACUCGAAAGUCCACAACUACAACGACAACAACGACAACUGCCACCAAGAGAUUUGGAGCAGAAUACCGGUGGUGAUGACUACUAUCACUAUGUUUGGAACAGUUAUUACAAUCGGGACGGAGAUGAGGAGGACGAGAAAAAAGAAGAGGAGGACGAGAACGAAGAGACUUUUGAGGAUGAACCAUUCGUAUCGAAGAAUGAACCAGCCAGUGAUUCCAUCGAGUUUGGAGUGGCCAAGGGCAACCGUCCCAAGAAGAAAAAGAAGAAAAGUGGGAAUCCACCCUUCUGUCUCUUGUGUAUCUGCUUGAUUUUCCUGUUGUUGAUCAUUGCUAUCAUUGUCGUUGCUGUAGUUGGUUACGAUGAAGUCCGACAGGCUUUGGGGCUGGCACCCAAAGACGACCCUGUUGCAGCAUCAGCAACCAAUGACAUGGAACAGCUAACGAUGCAGAGGCUAACUCCAGGUCCCACACCUGGGCCUGACGGAGGGAAACAGACUCCAGGUCUGACGCUAGCAGCGGGUCCAAGCCAAGAUAGUACGCUGGAACCAACAGUGCUGGACUCUCAAAACUCAACAAAUGCAUCCAACAACAUAACUGACCAAACGGAUGCAACCGGGGCAAGUAACAAGACUUUGGUGAUAGCGCCUACACCAUCUGCUCUGUCCAGCCCCAAUCCUACGUCGCUCUCUGCAAGUUUUAUUACCAGUAACCCUACUCUUCCAUCACAAAGCCAGACACAAGAACUCAACGCGGCACAAACACCUAUAGCGGACCCCUCCCCAGUACCAACUGACGCCCCAAGAACUCCGCAACCGACUAAUGCCCCAAGAACUCCACAACCGACUGAUGUUCCAAGAACUCCUCAACCAUCUGAUGCUCCAAGAACGCCUCAACCAACGACGUUGGCGCCGGCCACUAACGCUCCAUCGCCUGUUCCCACUACGCUGGUUCCAGCGGUUUCGCUCCCUGUCACACCACAACCAAUACCAUUGUCUCCUGGAGUUUGGUGGUCAACACCUUGGCCAGCACCACGUCCUCUCUUUGCAACGACUUCAGCACCUGUGCCGGCACCAGAGCCCCUUUAUGCGUCGAGUCACAUGACUUUGAGAAAUGUGCAUGUGUUCCUUUCGGAUAGUGUGCAUUCGUAUGGAGUCGAGCAUGUAAGGCCCGAAAUCAGGUGGAGAGGUCUGAUCUACUACCCAUGGACCGGCUUUGGAUAUCAAGAGAUGGCUCGAGGAGCUUGGUACCCCUUGGGAGACUUUGACAAUUGGUGUAACCCGCAAGCUGGUUGUUUUGGCCAUUCUCUCCUUAAUGGCGACAUGGAACUCCGACUGAGCAUACGUGCAGUCGCCAACGUGGACUCUGCAACUGACUAUGGUUGGACUCUGCCGUCGACACUUUGGUUUCAUACACAAAACUACGAAACAAGCACGUUGGAGACGAAUAAUGGUGUAUCCUUGAAAUGGAGGUUUGACGUUGUAGAAUUGUAA